AUGUUCUCGCCAUUGACAACUUUCAAUAUUGGAGGAUCGAUGGUGACAUUAUUGGCUAGAAAACAAUACUUACCUAGCAGAAUGGCUGGUUCUUUCGGAGUUAGGGUCUUUACCGAGCCGUUUAGCGUACAAUUUUCACCAAUGGUGCAGUUGUCGGAUAUUGAAAUGCUCUUAGCUCCGUUAAUGGCCGCCAGACGAGAUAUGCGGUUGCCAGUGGCUGUUUCAAUCCAAUCGUCCAUGAAGAUGUAG